CGGGCCCCUCGGCUCCGCCUCCACGUCGUCCCCGCGUUUCCAGAGAACCCCCAAUUGCCACCGCAGACACGUCCUCUUCAAAGACGCGCUCCAAGCCUCAGCCUCCUCGCCCGCGCCCGCUGGAGCCGUCCGGAUCGGCAUCGCCGAGCCCCUCCAGGCCGCAUCCCGUCCACGCGUCCCCGGCCCUGACCCCAGAGGUCCUCAGCUGCUCCUGGCACCCUCACUGGCUCCAAGACAAAAGAGAAGAGACUCCAAGGUGGAAGAGUGGUCCAGUCCCGAUACCUGCAGUAUGAGAAGAAAGUCAAAAAGACUCCUGCAGCAGGCACCCUGAAAGCUGGUGGGAAGCCUCCGGAGGGAGAGAAGCCUGGAACACGGAGGAACAGAGAAGACAGCAGCGGGAUGGCAAAGGGGAACCUGCAGUCCACCAUGCUGGAAGGGCCUGGCACGGCCCUGCCCGAACUGGAGCUCUCUGCCAUCAGUGAUAAAAGUAUGGUCAAGAAGACUCCCCACGUGGACAGGAUGAUGCCCAAGAAAGCAGCGGCCUUCAAGGCCCCUCGGAAGAAGAGCCCGGACCUGCAAGAGGCCAUGGACAUGAUGGAGUCACAGACACUGCUUCUGACCCUGCUGACCGUAAAGAUGGAGAACAACCUGGUCCAUCUGGAAGCAAAGGCAGAGAAGGACCUGCAGAUCCUGUGCCGGGAGAGGGAGCGGCUGCAGGCACAGGUGCUGCAGCUGAGACGCCAGCUGCUGCUCUCCCAGAAGCAACAGGAGCUGAAUGUGGCUCUUGACACCCAGAUAGAGAUGCUGAGCCCCUUUGAGGCCGUGGCAGAACAAUUCAGAGAGCAGUACAAGAAGCUGGCCACAGCACUGGAUACCACGCGGCAUGAGCUGCCCACCCGUGCAAUUCACCUGCAGGGAAGUGGGGAGGAGCUCCUAGAUGCUCUGCAGCCAGCCCUGAGGACCACCUUCCAGCUGCUAGGGGAGCUGGGUGUUGAUACCACGGAUGCCAGCACACAGGCACUGUGCCUGCUGGGGGAGCUCAAGGACGCCAUUGUCAAGAAGGACCUGGAGCUUCGCAGGAGCGUCAGCCAGGUGCUGGAACUUUCUGCGGAGGUGAGUAAAGAAGCAGCCUUGAUGAACCAGGAAGUGUGGGAGGAAGCCCAGGGUGCCGAGGCCUGCAGCCAGUGGUAUUUCAGUCCCGACACUGUGGACGCGUCAGCACAGCUGAGGAGCAGCAUCUCAUCCCAGGACAGCAAGCCAGGUGCCUGUGACCACUGUGCAGGCCCAUGCCCUCCUGGGGGCCUUCCAGAGUAGUGACAGGAGAGCCUGUGAGCACCCAAUCAGGACUGGUGCCGUGACUCUGACACUGAAGGUUGUGUGCCCUUCAUCAGUUCUGGGGGAUGGUUGUGCUCUUUUUCACUAUUUAAAAAGACUUUUGCAUUAAAGCCUUUUCCAUUUUUCUCUUU